CCAGCCAACCCCCCGUCCGGCCGCGGCGCGACCCAAUCCACCCACCACAGAUCGACCCCCCACCACGUCUCGCCUCCCAGAGAGAGAGAGAGAGAGGGAGAGGUCGGGGGCGGGGCUCGCUCGGCUCGAUCCAUGGCCUCGGACCAAACCCUCCCACUCCCACCCCCACCGCUACUCCCGUCCAACCCCAACCAGAUCCCCACCCCGACCCCGACCGCACCGCACCCGACCCCGUCCCCGUCCCCCGCCUCCGCCGCGCGCAAGCUCCCCAUCAAGCGCCGCUCCCCGCCGCGCCCCUCCUCCUCGCCCUCCUCCUCCGCCGGCGCCGCCUCCUCCGGCCAGAACCCGCCCUUCAAGUUCCAGCGCAUCUGGUCCGAGUCCGACGAGCUGCGCUUCCUGCAGGGCCUCCUCGGCUGCGGCGCGCAGGGCCUCGUCUUCCCGCGCGACCUCAACGUCUUCUACGACCGCUUCUCCGAGUCCAUGCCGCAGCCCUACACCCGCUCCCAGCUCUCCGAGAAGCUCCGCCGCCUCAAGAACAAGCACCGCAACGUCUCCUCCCGCGUCGCCAGGGGCCUCGACCCCGCCCGCCUCGCCCCGCACGACCGCGACGUCCUCCACCUCUGCUCCCGCCUCUGGGACCCCGCCAACGCCGCCACCUCGCCCUUCGCCGCCGCCGCCGCGCCCGCAGGCUCCUCGGGGAACAAGCGCCGCCGCUCCAACCCUGCCGUCGUGCCGCUCGACGUCCCGGCCCCCUCGGGGGACAGCAACUCCCAUGGCUACAAUGGGAUCGGUUCCUCCACCCCCGGCGCCGCCUUCCCCGAUGACAACGGCGCCGAGGAUGUGAUGUAUCUUGAGCAGGAGAGCGGCCACCACCUCUAUUUUGACGAGGGUGCCGCCUUUGUUGCCGACGGCAACCUUGAUGGGAUUACCUUGGACGGGAUUGCGCUGGACCAGGCUGAGACAAUGGCUGUUCUCACCGAUGUCGGUGACAAUGGAGUUGUUGCCGGUGACGAUGGAGUUGUUGGCAACGACGCAGCUCCCCAAAAUGCUGUCAACAAUGGAGGUAAUCCCCAAAAUGCUAUGAACAAUGGAGGUACCGGUCAGAACGGUAACUGCAAUGUAUUGCUGCCGCGUAGCAGCGAGCAUCGCAUGGCAAGCGCCGUGCUGGAUGUAUUUGAGGAGUGUUUGAGAGAGGCAAAGGCCGAUGGAAUAGUCAACGGUGGCAAUGCCCAGGAAAGCGAACUCGCCAGGCGAUGGAGGGCGCAGAGGAUUGAUGAGCUUGAUGUGUUGAGCCGAAGGCUCAGGUUGAUCAUUGAGGAUGCUACCGCCGCUGGGCACUGAAUGAGAUGUAUCCGAUGACGUGCUUCCACCCUUUGCCGCCAUGUAUAGAAGAAAUCAGGUUAUUAUGCAUGCUAUGUUUUUGUAGCGCAUUGCUCAGCUUGAGCCUUGCCUUAGCCGCUCUAGUUACAAAUUAUGCCUAUGUGACAUUGCUAUGGAUAUUGUUGUUCCGUUUAAUAAUUUAAUCACUCGAUCGUCUUAAUAA